AACAAAUUAAAAUUAAAUUCAAAUAAACUGUCAAGUCUGGAAAAUAAUACUUUUCAUGGAUUGUCCAAUCUUGAAACUCUAGAUAUCAGUGAUAAUAAUUUAACAUUUCUUCCAGAAGGAAUAUUCAAUGGUUUAGAGUCUCUUGGAGUUUUGAUUUUAUCGUCAAAUAAACUGACUAGUCUAGAGCUUAACACUUAUAAUAGCUUGACCAAACUAGCAGUUUUAUUUAUCGAUAAUAAUAAUUUAACAUCUCUUCAAGAAGAAUUAUUCAAUGAAUUCAAAUCUUUAAUUUAUUUAAGUUUUCAAUUCAAUAAACUGACAAGUCUUCCGUCCAAUAUUUUCAAGAAAAUGAUCUAUCUUGAUAGUUUAUAUCUUGAUAAUAAUUAUUUAACAUCUCUUCCACAAGGAAUAUUUAAUGGAUUAGAGUCUCUUAAAUUCUUGUCUCUAUCAUCAAAUAAACUGACGAGUCUUGAACCUGAUAUUUUUAAUAGCUUGACCAAACUCGAACGUUUAUAUAUUGCAAAUAACAACUUAAUAUCUCUUCCACAAGGAAUAUUCGAUGGAUUGGAUUCUCUAAUUACGUUUGAUUUGUCAGCAAAUGAACUGUCAAGUCUUAAAAAUAAUACUUUUAAUAGCUUGUCCACUCUUGAAACUAUAUUAUAG